AUGGCCGCGGCGGCUCAGCUGCAGGAAGGCCAGGCCGACGAGGACGACGGCGUCUAUCGGAAGGAGACGAUCGAGAUGAACUGGCGACCCGGCGACGACAGGCGGGGGCACUCGCGGUCGCCCGGCCGCAGCCCUUCCCCUGGCCGUCGGGGCGGCCUCCGGCCGGGCACCGCCCUGCCGCGGCGGGCGUCCAGGCCGGCGGACUCGGGCAUCCCGUUCGGGAGGCACAGCAACAGCCCCGAGGUGAACUACGAGCUGAUGAGCGACGCCGCGAGACCGUUUCGGGUGAGAAGCCCGUCCCGGCGCGACCAGGAGAGGGUGGCGGAAGCACUGAAGGAUCUGCUGGCCCACAAGGACAGGCUCGGGCAGAGCGUCGUCGACGCCUUCCAGGACGCCCUCCGGGGCACCAUCGUCGACGCCUGCAACCGGGAGGUGCGGAGCGACCAGGUGCUGGGCAUCGCGCCGGUGCUCGCAGAGAGGCUGGGCCUGCCCGAGUGGGUCUUCGACGGCCUCGAGGGCGUCGUCCAGAACUUCGAUUUCGACGGCAACGGGAUGACGGACGAGCUGGAGGCGAAGAGAAUGUUUGAGGUGUGGUUAACGCAGAAGAUGAUCGAGCUUGGGGGCCGGGUCGAGGACCCGCCCGAGAAGACGCCUCAAGAGGCGGGGUAUUAUUUCGAGAAAGAGAUCGGGCGUGGAGCGCAUGGAAUUAUGUAUUUGUGCGAGAAGGGUGAUGACAAGUACUGCGUCAAGCAGGUUUCCAAGGUCAAUUUGACCGCCAACAAGAUCGAAGAGGUACUCAACGAGUUUGGCACGAUGUUCCGCAUGAACAGUCCUUUCAUUGCCCGUACAUUCGAGGUCUUCCAAGACGGACAGGCUUUCUACGUGGUCAACGAGUUGUAUUCCGGCGGGGACUUCACAAAGCUGGGAAAGAACGCACAUGAUGAAGGGCAGACCAUGUCAGAGUCGUGGUGGCGAAAUAUUUUCAAACAGUGUUUGCUUGGCCUUCAGUACCUUCACGAGAAGGGGGUACUGCAUUGCGAUAUCAAGGAGCCAAACAUCAUGGUUGCAUCAAGCGACUCGUACGCCAGGCCUCGCCCUGUAUUCAUUGAUUUCGGCUUGUGUCUGAGGCUCAGCAACAACCGGGGCGCUGGUGGUACGCCAGGCUACAUGCCUCCGGAGACGUAUGAGGAGGAGCAGUGGUACCCCCGCGGUGACGUGUUCAGCCUCGGCAUCGUCUUCUUUCAGCUGAUGACGGGGCAGGUCCCCAGCAAGGACGGGCGCAGGCCUGGAGUGCUCUACGGCAACGGCAACCCGCGCGGCGCAGCCAUCCGCGGGUCUCUGCCGUGGGAGCGGUUCCCAGACAUGUUGUUGCUGAAGGAUCUCGUGAGCUGGAUGACCCAGCGGAUCCGCAUACAGAGGCCGCGCACCUUCCAGGCAGUCAGCCACCCGUGGUUCGGCUCCUCCGGCGACGCUCCCCUGCCCGCCGAGGCCCUGCGGGGCCUGGUGAGCACCGAGACGGCCCUCGAGACGGGCGCGGAGCUGGCCGUGAAGGACUUCGUGAGGAGCCCGCGGCGCCAAGGGCCGCGCCCGCCCUCCUACAGCCUCGCCGACGUCCACAGCCCGCGCGGGCGGGGCGCCUGCGGAGCCGCGCCGGACGGGCUCUUCGGCGCCAGCUCGGCGGCGGUGGGCAGCCCCAGGCUGGGCUGGGCGGCCUCGCCGCCGCCCGCCGCGCAGGGCCUGCUGGCGGGGGGCGCUCCGCAGCCCGGGGCAGGCGCCGGGCUCGCCGGGCCCCCCGAGGUGCACGUCAGGCUCACCAGGGUCGCCGCCGCGAGGCUGGGGAUCACCGUCGACGAGGACCAGCCGAACGGUUCGCUGAUCUUGUCGAGGGUGGAGCCGGGGGGCCUCCUGGCCCAGUGGAACUUGUCCAGCCCCGCCUCGGCACUGCAGCCUGGCGACAGGAUCGUUGCAGUGAACAACGUGCGCGGCGACGUCGGCGCCAUGUGCGGACAACUCGCGGACAGCCUGGUGGUCGACCUCGUGUGCCGCACUCGCUGA